GACGCAAAAUUCGGGAACCAUAUCAACGCCAUCCACUAAGGCGAACUAUUUAAACCCCAAAUUUGCAAACCGAAGGAUCAAGUCAACAUUCAAUCUCUUUCGAUCAAAGUGGUGACCGGAGGGAAAACUCGCCGGCCGGCCAGGAGGAGGAUCGGUUCACUGCAAUUCUUCUUCAUCUCUCCGGCUACCCAAUUUCUUACGAAAUCAUGACAACAUCAAGGCGUCUUGCAGACCGAAAGGUGGGGAAGUUUGAGAGGAAUAUCACAAAGAGAGGGUCUGUUCCAGAGACCUCCGUUAAGAAGGGGAAGGAGUAUCCUGUUGGGCCCUUGCUGCUUGGAUUCUUCGUAUUUGUUGUCAUCGGAUCAUCUCUCUUCCAGAUAAUCAGGACAGCAACAGGCGGAGGCAUGGCUUGAUUUGAUAUAUAAUCCUCUGAUUUUGAGAUGAUGGUGUUAUUAUUACACGUUACGUUGUGUCCUCCCUUUUCUUAGGCAGUAAGAUGAAACACAAAGGAAAUGUUUUGACUUUUUAUUUUUCUUUUUAAAUGGAAUUGAUUCCGCAGUUGGUUGUUCCUUCUUGUUGUGGGAGAUUUCAAGAAUUUUGACAAUUGUAUUGUUACCACUCUCUUUCUGCUUUCACAUUUCUUGUAACCAUCGACUUUGAUGUCAGACCUUAAAAGAAAAGAAAAGAAAAAAAAAGGUACAUUUCAACUCGA